AUGUCCAUUGAAGCCCAAGCCCUGAGGAAGAAGGUCGGCAAGGUGACCUGCGACCCAGCAGUCCGCGCCAUCCUCGGCAGCCUGCUGCUCUACAUCACCCACCAUGAAGACGGGCCGCAGGGGCCCCCUCCUGCUGAGGGGGCAGAGAGCCAGGUGAGCCAGAAGCCGGAGCCCCAAGACGCCAGCCGGCGGCUCACACAUUUCCAGCUCCUGCGGGCCAAGUUCAUGGGCACUGGCCGGGAGCACUGCCUCAAGAAGACUCGGGAGGUGGGAAGGCUGAUCUUUAAGGACAAGCAAGGCCCAAGCAGGAGCUUGGUCACUGCCACCAUCAAUAAGCUCCUGGAGAAGACCAGGGAAGGGGCCGACAAUUCAGCAGGGGGCCAGGAGCCCUUCUGCAGUGAUAAGCCCCGGUGGGGCCUCCCCUCCGGGAAAAACACCGUGAAAAACAUUCUGAAGAAGUUCUUGGCCGCAGAGGAGAAGGAGGCUGAGGAGAAGAGGCUUCGUGAGACGUCUCCUGCAGAGCGGCCCAAAGCUGCCAGGGGCCUCCUGCCAAAGAUCAUGGGCAAGAAGGGCUCGGUCCUAUCCAAACUGCGGGAGAAGUUUGAACAGAGCAGCUGUCUUUGCUCAGAGGCCAGCGUGCUGCUGCUCCACACAGAGGACAGAAAGAAAAAGAACCUGCAGAGGAAGAAAAUGCACCGGCCCGAGACCCGUGUGCUCUGCACGACCACCUUGGCCAGCACUUGCAUCAGGAUGCCCCUUGCCCGCUUGCUGGCCUGCUCGGCAGAGCCCAUGCCAGCCUUCAGCAUUGCCACCGUUGUCUGUGGCCCCAGGAGCUGGCUGUCGCACUGCGCCAAACUCAAACACUCAGAGCUGCGGCGUGUGCCCCCGAAAGAAGCAGGCAGGCCCCCCACCGCAGAGGAGACGGUGCCUGGUGGGAACAAAACACCAGGACAGGAGCUGUUUAAUGGAGGGCCCUCGCCAUCCUUGAUACAGCAGGCCGCUGUUCCCAGCCUGGCAACAGUGUCGGCACGUGCAGGGCCUGAGUGCAUGCCCGAGCCAGCCUCCUCUGCUGCCUCCCAAGGCGGUGAACCCCUUCCUGGCCCGGAACCCAAGUUAUCCUCACUCGAACCAGCCAGCCCAGGACACGCUGGGGUGUUGGGAGGUGAUAGGAUGGGGGGCCCCCAGGCAGGGAGCUCCACAGAUGAUACCCAGGGAUCAAAGAGGGCAGGAGCAGGUGUCUGCCCUGGACCCACAGGUGAGGGAGCAGAGGAGGCUCCUCAGGUGGACCUGAUGGUUUGCAGUUCAGAGGAGGAAACAGAAAGAAUGAGUUCAGACUCAGAGCAAGACCCUCUCUUUGCUGUUCAGAAGAGCUUCCCAGAACAGAAAGUACCAGAACACAUCCCCCCGCUCCACGUGCCUGCAGCCCAGGCUGCCCGGUGCACACAGCUGGCCUUGGAGCCUCCGCAGGUAACGGUCAGACUUCCGGUUGUCCAUGAAAUGCCACUCCUUCCUGUCACACUGCAGAAGACAUCGGACAGUGCAGACCAACCUGCUCCGGUUUCGGGAGGAGAGCGUGUGGUUGGAAAUGCACAAGCGCUGUUUCCCACUGUGACAGAGAGUAGAAGUGCCAACGUGGCCGCGAUGGGCGUGAGCGAGGCUGUGGGGACGCCCGGGGGACUCAGCACUCCUCCCCAGCAGGACUCCGCGGCAGGCCUAAGUCUCGCACCACUGCGGGGUGCGGCCAGCGUGGAUGGUGCCAUCCCAGAGGCAGCUCAGACACCGAAACCACAGACAGGUCCCCCUGGAGGAAAAGAAGACCAAGGCAGCUUUGGGGAUUCAAACACGCUUGAGAACCAUAAGGAUGUCUCAGGACAGGGUGUUUCUGAGCUCAGUUAUGAGAGGCAUCCGCUGCCAGCCUCGGAGGAAAUGCGGGUCCGCGAGGAGGGCACCCCGUCACAUGACUCCACAGCUUCGGAAACUCGUCCGGGAGGAGACAGUCGCUCUGCUCCUGGCGGUCAGCAAGAGCCAUCUCCCAGCGAGGGAGACUGGACAGGCAUCCCAACACUGCUGGUGGCCCCAGUCAGGGAUUGGACGAGGUCUACGAGUGUGACCACAGUGGAUAAGAACAUCCUGUGUGAGCAAGAAGAACACAGGGGCGCACCACUGACUGAGUCCGCCCAGCCCCUACUGAUGGCCAGCCAUGACCGUGGUGAGGACAGACCAACUUCUUUAAAUGAAGGCCCCAACCUAAGUAUCAAAACCCCCAGACAGGGGACAACCACAGGGUUCACCAAGAGUCACACAACAUCAGCACCAGGUAACACUGUGAACCCCGAAAACGAUACCCCUGAAAAGUGGAGCGCUUUGUGCAAGGGAGACUUCAGCUCCUUGCCAACAGCUCCCAGGCUUGUAGCAGAGGGUCUCGGUCAUGAACUCAACCAACACCUCGUCUCGGCACCAAGUGGGCCCGUGAAGCGCCCCAGCAGCAGCGCAGCGGAGGGCCACGUUGGCGAAGACUCGGGGCGGCACCUGCCUGUGACUUUGGGAUCGCUGACCGCUCUCCCACAGGAGGCCGCCGGCCCCCAACUCGCGCCUGAUGAACCCGGGCUGGGGGUGGCUAAUGCACCGGCAGCAAACACAGCCAGUGCCACAGCAGGAAGCAGAAAUACCGCGGCUGAGCGAGCAGGUCCUUGGGGGAAUAACGCCAAGUCCCCGGUUCCCACCUCAAAUCACCGCACGCUGCAGGGUGGUGGUGUAGAGAGGCCUCCACACCACAGUGUGGACAGCCCACCACUGUCUUCUGAGGAGCCACAGGCCAAGGAUAAGGAGCACAUCAUGUCUGAAAAGCAGCUUCCUCUCGGUGCUGGGGUUUCCCAUCAGUUUCCCUCAGUGUCAUCCACAGUAGCAGAGGGGGCACCCCAGAAGUGUCCUGACCUCCAGGCACACCUGCUGAUUCAGUCCCGUACACAGACUGCUGUCGUGGAGGAAACAGAGGUUGGAGAGAGGCCAUGGGCACAGGCAGGCCUGAGGGGUGGGGAGGAGGGGGUCUCAGGGCCUGUGGGGCCGAGGGGUCCUGGUCAGAAGGGAGGAGUAGCUCCUUCGGACCCAGAGAAAAUCAGGCCUGGAGAGAGGUCAUGGGCACAGGCAGGCCUGGGGGGUGGGGAGGAGGGGGUCUCGGGGCCUGUGGGGCCGAGGGGUCCUGGCCAGAAGGGAGUAGCUCCUUCGGACCCAGAGAAAAUCAGGCCUGGAGAGGGGCCCUGGGCACAGGCACAGGCAGGCCUGGGGGGUGGGGAGGAGGGGGUCUCGGGGCCUGUGGGGUUGAAGGGUCCUGGUCAGAAGGGAGUAGCUCCUUCGGACCCAGAGAAAAUCAGGCCUGGAGAGAGGCCAUGGGCACAGGCACAGGCAGGCCUGGGGGGUGGGGAGGAGGGGGUCUCAGGGCCUGUGGGGCCGAAGGGUCCUGGUCAGAAGGGAGUAGCUCCUUCGGACCCAGAGAAAAUCAGGCCUGGAGAGAGGCCAUGGGCACAGGCACAGGCAGGCAUGGAGGGUGGGGAGGAGGGGGUCUCGGGGCCUGUGGGGUCGAAGGGUCCUGGACAGAAGGGAGUCCCUCCUUCAAACCAGAAAACUGCGCUGUUUGACUCCGAAGAGGCUCAGACACAGCCCUGGGAUGACAUGGAGGGAGGUGACACCGUGACCACUGAAGUGAAGACUCCCUACCAACACGCUGAGAAGGGUCCAGAACACCCACCAGGGCAGUGGGUGCAGACUGUAGAGGAUCCCUCAGAGCAACACGGUGUCCCCACUGAAGAGAGGCAGGGGCGCCCGGCACAGGCCCAGGCCAGCAGGACGGCACCCCAAAACUUGGCACAGCCCACAGGCAACUCAACAGUGCUGGCACCGAUCACAGGUGCAAGUGGGAAGUCCCAGAGAUCAGCCCCCACGGGCAGCCAGGGUGCACCGGGGGCGCCACAGAAGGAGGGAGAACACCACCCUGAGGUGACCAAGAGCUACAUGGCCUCCCGCCCUGAGCCAGCACCGGGCUCCCCAGUGCCCAUGCCCGAGCCUGGGGACUGCCGGAUGCCCAGUGCCCCGGCCCAGGAAGGGCUCCCGGACAUCUCCAGGGCAGGAAGAGACACAUUGGGUCUUGAACAUCAGAGAAGGUCAUCACACCAUGCGAAGUACAAAGCCCAAAGCUUUAGUGACCAGAGGUCCUUUGAUUCCUUUAGAACAAAAAUCAUCAGGGCCAAUGACACGUUCGAACUUCCAAAGUGA